GCAUUCUGCCACGGCUUUGUGACAUGCAGAGCAGAAUUGUUCCGCACAAUCCCACCAUUCCCACGCCUGAGUCAGCUCGGCCUUACGACGCUUUCCUGGGUCUUCCUUUCAGAUGUCAGCCCAGCAGCUGCAGAUGAUUUGUCUGUGGCGGGAGUUCCGAAAACGUGGUCGACGGCCCUCCUGCUUGGAAUUACGGCUGGUCUGGUGUUGGGCCUGUGGCCUUUCGGAAAGCUCCAGCGAUCGUUGCCUUUUGGCCCUUCCCCUGUGGAGCUGUUCAGCCAUCUCAGCCGAAGCGCCUUCGUGCAGGAGAAGUGGGUCCGGAAGCACGGAGACAUCUUCCAAACUUGGAUUCCGUUUUUGAGCAUCGUGUGUAUAGCAGAUCCAGAUGCCACCCGCGACAUCGCGGUGAGAAAGGGAAACAACUACCGAGAUCCCUGUCUUUUCGGCAGGGAUCGGCGAUUGGCAGCCAGUAUCGAAGAGGCCUUGGGGCCAGGCAGCAGCUUCCCGACCUUCGAAGAGUGGCGCUGGCGAAAGCAAUCGCUUUCGGGCGAGCUCAGCUUCGCAAAACUUCUAAGGCCUGAGACGGGCUUUCUCCAGUACCUCCUGAAGCUGGGAGAAGACAUGUGCAGGUCUCUGGACCGAGCCACAGAGACAGCCGUGCAGCCCAUUCGGAUCAACGAUCUCUUCUCCAAAGCUGCUGCUGCAGCAGUAUUGUACUUGUUGUUCGGACGAGAAGUGGACUUCGAUUCGAAGGCGCUGGAGAAGAGUACCGAGGAGAUCAUGGAAGUCUUGGAGGAGAUGUUGCUUCCACAAAUGCCUGCCGUCCGUCAAGCGACCCUGGCCAAAAGAGGACGAGCACAUGCUGUCAUUGAUGCCGUGCUUGGUCCAGAGCUGGAGGAUUUGGUCGCUGAGAUUGAUGCGGGUUCGUGGGCAGAGAACCGACACCGGCCACUGCUGCAGGCUCUUUUGAUCAAAGAGCCUCGGUGGCGCGAAAGAGGUUUGCAGGCACUCCUGGCGGAGAUCCGCAACUUUGUGAAUGCGGGCUACGAGAUACAAGCAUUCGCCCUAUCCUUUACAGAAGACAUCGUCCGCAUCGGCUUCAAGCAGGAGACACUUCUACAGAGCACCAAUUCCAUGCAGGCAGUCUUCAACGAGGCGCUGUGCAUGGCGUGUUUUUCAAGAAUCAGUUUUUGUUUGCUGCCCUGUGCUUUGUGUGCGGAGGAGCGCCGUUACUGUACCCGGUCUACCUGUGCGAGACUAGUGACUAGUGUGGAACGGGGCUCCCUUUACUGA